AUGUGUCUCAAGAAACCAAGAAGGAAAAGAAAAGACCCAAAAACUAUCCAUGUUCUGGGUCAAUUGGCCGAUAUUAUGUUGGGUAAAGUCACCAAUCCUAAGUAUUAUGAUCCUGGUAGUCCAAUGGUAGAAAUAACCAUUAAUGGAGUUUUGGUAAAAAAAUCUUUUAUAGAUUUGGGAGCUGCUAUAAAUAUUAUGACCAAGAGCCUAAUACAAAACUUGAAUAUUAUAACUCUAAGGCACACACCUAUUGUGUUGCAACUGGCUGACAGUUCAACAGUUACCCUAGAGGGAGUUGUUGAAGACCUUAUUGUCACUUUGGAUUCUUGGGAGUAUCCAACAAACUUUAUGACUAUAUCCCCCAAAGACACUCUAGGAGGAUAUCCUGUUAUAUUGAGAAGACCAUGGCUAGCUACUGCAGAUGAUUACAUAAAGUGCAGGUCUAGAGAUAUGACAAUCUCCAAUCGUAAUUCCACUAAGAAACUUGUUCUCUUUCCACCUGCCAAGCCUAAUGAAGAAAAUGAUAUUGCAGAAUGA